AUGGCCGACAACAUCAACGAUCUCUACGGCGACUUGGACCUCGAGGACCUCGACGCCUCUCAGCUCGAAGAACUGGUAGAGCCGCCAGAGCUCGACGUCGCCCCUUCAUCCACUCCCGCCCUUUCUCACACCUCCCAACCGGCCCCUGCGCAACCUCAAGCUCAGUCUUUCUCGCAACCCUCCGAACAGCCUGCUCAGCAACAUCAAUUCGGAUACAAUUCUUUCGAUCAGCAACAACAGUCGGACGGCGCCGGUGAUAGGAUCAAGCCAAGUGAUAUGCCUGAUGAGGGUAAGAUGUUCAUCGGUGGUCUGAACUGGGAGACAACAGAAGAUAGCUUGACGACGUAUAUGGGGCAGUUUGGUGAAAUUGACGCGUGUACCAUCAUGCGAGACCCUUCCGGGCGCUCCAGAGGCUUCGCGUUCUUGACCUACAAGAGCCCUACGAGCGUUACCAAGGUCAUGUCUCAGCCCCACGUCCUCGACGGCAAGCAGGCAGGUCGCCUUUUCACCCCACUGACUGGGCUGACGUCUCCUCAGAUUGACCCCAAGCGUGCCAUCCCCCGAGCCGAGCACGAGCGUACCGCCAAAGUCUUUGUCGGCGGUCUCGCUCCCUCCGUGACCGGAGAGUCCCUCAAAUCCUUCUUGUGUCAAUUCGGCCAAGUCAUGGAUGCCACCGUCAUGUUUGACAAGGAGACUGGAAGGUCGAAGGGUUUCGCGUUUGCUACAUUCCAAGAUGAGGACAGCGUGGGCAGGGCUAUGGCGGCGAGUGGAAUCGAGUUGGAAGGAAAGGCGAUCGAGAUCAAGAAGGCUCAACCAAGAGGUACCGCUCAAGGUUCAAGAUCCACCUACCAGCAGAACCGAUUCGGCGGCAAUCAGCCCAACGCCUUUGGCGGCGGUAUGGGUGGCGGCUUUAACGGUGGCGGUGGCUUCGAUCCCAACUCUAUGGCUAUGAUGUACCAGAACAUGAUGAAGCCUGCAGGUGGCAUGGGCAACAUGAUGGGCGGCUUUGACCCCAGUGCCAUGGCUAUGAUGUACCAGAACAUGAUGAAGUCCAUGGGAGGAGGCAACGCUCCGGCUAUCAACCCCAACAUGGCUAUGCGCUCGCCAAACGAUUCUGUCUCUUCUGGAGCUGCGCCAGGCAUGAACAACAUGAUGGGGAUGGGUAUGGGUGGCAUGGGAAUGGGCGGGAUGGGCAUGAACAUGGGCGGGAUGGGGAUGGGUAUGGGAAACAUGAUGGGCGGUGGAAUGAACAGAGGAGGGAUGGCCAGCCGACCUCCUAACGCUCCUCGUGGUCCUGCAGCCAUGCGAGGUCCUCAGCAGGGUGGCGUCACCCCUCAGGGCCCUGGAGCUCAGCGAUACUCUACCCAGGGCAACGCCAGGGCCAGACCUUACUAA